AAACAGGGUCUUAAAAAUAGCAUUCGCCAGUAGCCAAGUGCCUGGUCUUUACAAAGACCACUUCGACGCCUUGGCGAUUACUAGUCAUUUGUCUUCUCCAAACCGAACCUUCGUUUUCAAAUUGUGUGUGUCAAAAAAAAUGUCUGAAGGUGGCAUGACUGUCCUAGACGGAACCCAUCUCAGAUCGCUCCAGGUGGCCAUGCCGGAUUCCGAAGUCACUUUUACAGGAGCUCAAGUCCUAGAUCUCGCUGAAUCUGAAGCCUCUGAUUCUCUCUUUGGCCUCUCAUUGCCUCAAUGUCUCAAGUCCUCCGCUCUCCAACGCGUCAACGUCGAUGAUGGUGUCAGUUUCCGGCGUUCUGAACUCACCAAAGAAGCAGCAACGUCUAAGCUCAAUGACUAUCUCACUGCCAUAGCCGAUGAACUAAAAGAUAAUCCAUUAGUGGUGUCUAUUUUGGAUGGGAAUACUCUGCGGCUGUUUUUGGAGGACGAAGACGAAUUUGCAAUGUUGGCGGAGAAUAUAUUCACUGAUUUGGAUAUAGAGGACAAGGGAAAGAUCAGCAAGGGUGAGAUAAGGAAUGCGCUUCUUCACAUGGGAGUUGAAAUGGGUAUCCCUCCUUUUGAAGAUUUUCCUCUGUUAAAUGACAUCUUAAAGAAGCACGGAGCAGAGGGAGAAGUAGAAUUGGGCCAAUUACAAUUUGCUGAGUUACUUCAGCCUAUUCUACAAGAAGUUGCGGAUACUUUGGCUCAAAAACAUGUUGCUAUUAUCCAUAACAUUAGGAUUGUUAAUGGUUCUAAGCUAAGAAAGCUUUUGACCAAUGAAAAGCAACUGAACAAUGUCACAGAGAAGAUAUUGCAGGAGAAGCGCAGCAAGAAGGAUGACCAAAAGAACACAGAAAUAAUAAGGGGUUUCCUGGAGGAAAAUGGAAAAGAGUUGGGCUUGCCACCAUCAGAAGCCAACGAAGCAGUGGUCCUUCUUUAUGAUGCAGUGCUUGCUGAUGUACAGAGUGGAAAAUGUGAUGCAGAAUCAGAGGAUGUAUUUGGGGAACUCGUGAAGGAAAUUCUUGAGAAGUUUGCAGAGCAGCUCGAGGCCAAUCCUAUCUACUGUGAUCUUGACAAUUGAGGGGUGGCAACUGGCAAGUUGGUAUCUUUAUAGAGUUGUUUGGCUAAGCGAUUGUUGUUUGUGCAGCAUUAUCACCAACCUCUCGAUUUUAAUAUUUAUGUAUAUUUGCAUUAAAUGUUUAUAACCAUACAUUUACAUACGAGUAUACAUGGUAACAUUAGGCCAAUGUCUUGGUUUUGAUUCUUCCACAACAUACUUUGGAAUGGCUGAGUUGAUCAAUAAACUUCAACAUAGAAAAUUGUCUUAGUA